AUGAGCUGGCCUGCUGAAGAAUGGAAGGUGGGAUUGCCAAUCCAGGCCCUGAGGGCUAUAGCCGAGGUGGAGCGGCGCAUGGAGCGCCUGCAGAAGGAGCGCCAGCAAAAGCAGGUGCAAUUGGACACUCUGGAGGCCAUGAUGCACAAGCAGAGAAAGAAGCACGAAGAAGAGAGAAUCUCCUGCUGUCUCCUUUCUCAGCAGAACAGGAGCUUGAGUGAAGCCCGUGAGCAGGUGGAGCGUGCCCGCCAGCGUCUGGCUCAGGAACUGCAAGCGAAAGAAGUCCAGCUGAGCUGCCUUGAGGGUCAGCUUGUUCAGGCAAACCGCCGCCAGGCGGAACUCGAGGAAGAAUUGCACAGAGGGGUCCAUCAUGGCCUGAACCGGACCCCAUACUUCCUCUGCCCUGCAGGUGAUGGUGAGGUCAAAGCAGAACCCAGCCGGACCCUUGCAGCUGGAAGCAGUCAGAUUCAACGUAGCAGCCACCUGCUCGCAAAUUCCUGUGAGAAUAAGAACCCCGUGACCCACUGGCAACAAGAGACAGCUUGUCCUGCUGCCCCACCCGGAAGUCCCACCCCCACAGAAAAUGGCGAAGGGACCCAGUCCGUAGCACCAGAACUGGUAUCUGCAGGAAAGCAACUGAAGAAGGACAAUGAAGUGCUGCUAAAUGCUACUCCAGCAGACUUGAUACCUUUUAAGGUGCCGCUGCAGCUGAUACGCUUACAAAUUGUUCCUGAGCUGAGGCUCGCGCUUGCCAAAGCAAAGAAACAAAAGCAAGAGACGGAAAGGGAACUAUGGAACCUGCAGAAGCAGUUUGAAGUGACGCGGGCUGAGCUGGCUCAGUGGAAAAAGCAGCGAAGUGGCCAAGCUGAGGGCCUAUUGGGGAUAGAAAGGAUGCCCCCUAGUGGCAGUUGCCGUAGCGUGAGCUCCUCCCAUUUGGAGCUGCCGCCUGUGAAACGGGGAGCUGCCAUCAAACUGAAAGGACCAAGUCCCCGGCUCCAGAGCACUGACCAGGCCCAAGAAGAACUGCAGGCCCUUCGAGCGGAAGUUUUGAUGCUCCGGCGGAACCUGGAUACUUCUGAGAGUCAAUGCAAAAGCCUGCUUGAGACUUGCUGGCAGAAACAGGAAUCUGGGGCUUGGGCCCAAGCAAAGCAGGUGCUGUCUUGGAGGGCGUCACCGAAACAGGAGACACCGGAGAUCCAGGGCAACUGCCAUGAUAGGGCCAGAGAGCUAGGCCUAGGUCAAGGGGAAGCCUCCGUUUCAGAAACAGUUGAGGGGGAUGGAGGAGGGGCCAAAGUGAAGGCCUGGUCAGGAGAUAAGGGAGGUUUGAAACUUCCUGAGGUGGGAGAGGCUGAAGCAGAAGUUGAAAUGGUGGCUGUAGCCUUGGAGCAGGCCCCAGGGGAUAUGCCUGCCUUAGUGGAAGAGAAGGACCACACCACAGUCCACUCUUUGGCCAACAGCAAAGCCAACUGUGAGGGGAAAAUAGAGCUGGAGGGAGACAUGGAGGCCCUACGUGUGGAGAUCCGGGCCUUAGCCGCAGGGAAAGCGAAAGCAGAGGCUCAAGCUAUCUUGGCCCAGCAGAAACUACAGAGUCUUCAGGCCACCCUAGGGAAGCAGACGGAGCGGUUGGCGCAAGCUAUGGAGACCCAGAGCUGCCACGUGGAGGAGCUGCUGACCGACGCUGAGGAGAAAGACCAGCUGAUGCAAAGGUUAAGCCAGGAGUUGGAAGAGACCAAGAAGGCAUUGGAUAUGGCUAGUGCUGAGAGCCAGCGGCUGCGGGUGCUGCUGAGGGAACCACACACAGCCAGUGUCUCAGACCCACACAGAGGCAGUGAGACAAGAGAGGUUCCUGUGGAAAAAUCACAGGUCCAGCCACAGAAAGGUCAGGCUGGUACUGGCCUAGCAGGACAUCUGCAAGGAGAAAAGCGUGGGAUGAAGGAACAACUGGACAAGUCUGACUCAUGGGUCCUCCAGCAAAACCAGGAGGCCUGGCAUUGGCAAAAAGGAGAUGGCAAUGUCACUGGUCCCCCUGACUUGGUGUGUUCAGGAGACAGUGGUCAGGCUGUGGAUGUUCUUCAGGCUGCCCAGAAGAGGGAGCUCUGGCUGCAGGGGAGCCAGUGGGAUGCUCAGACCCAGACCGAGGGACCGUACUGUGGCGUUCAGCGCCGGGAGCACAUUUCAGUGGCUUUUGAUGACACCCAGUAUGAACCCUACGGGCUUCCUGAAGUAGUCAUGAAGGGAUUUGCCGACAUUCCUUCUGGCCCUUUGUGCCCUUACGUGCUCCGCCGAGGCAUUUUGGGAAGUGCCCCUGUUGCCCAGCUGGCACCGAGAGCAGAGCCGGAAGAGGAUUUCCCAGAGGCGGAGGAAGGAACAGGGAUCUGAGAACAGCCGAUUAGACGAUCUUCACUGCAACAUCAGCUCUGCGUUGUGCCGGCGUCAUACUGGGGCUUUCACAUCUGCAAUAAUAUUUCUUCAUUGGCCACCGCAGAUCAGUGGUUAUUGCAGACUCCUGCUUCCUCACCUCCUGCACUGCGUUGUCCUUAUGUGGAAGGAUCUGGACAAGACACCUUGCUGACGAGCUGCUGCUAUCCGCAAGGAUUUAAAACUUCCUAAGAGGGGCCAGAAGCAUUCUGAGCCAAAGACAACAUUCUGUCCCUCCGUACAAACACACUCUACCCUUCUCUCCACCAUUCUGGAAGAAGGUCUGUUCCCGACAUCUCCCGUUUUGGGAGAUGACUGAAAGAGGAGGGAGAAGAAGGGAGCAUACCCCCACCCCAUUUGCCUACUGGUCCCCCAUUGGAGGAGGCCAUCUUUCCGUAGUUGCUGUUGCUCCCUGACAGCCAAUCGCAGGCUUCAUAGCA